AAUCCAGUAAAACACAUUGAAAUCGAUCUAUCGAAUCACAGAACACAGAUUGAACUGUACCCUAAAGGUUAAAGAAACGAACUUUGCAAACUUUUGCGUUUUGAAAAAUGUCAAACACAACCUUUGAUGACCUCCAUAGCCGUCUUCUCCGAGUAUCUGAACCAAUAGCAGAGACUCUCAGACGCACUCAAUACAAACCGCAAGAGAGCAGCAAAGUAUCCACCAAAGACUUACUCUUGUCUCUGUUACCAAACACUUCUCCUCCUCCUCGACUACUCGAUGAAGAACAGAGUCUCUCUUCGAUCAAAAGCCUCGCACUUGCUUGUGCCCUUCUCUCUUCUUCUCGUUCCUCCACUCACGAACUCCUCUCGUGGAUCCCCGAAAGCCUCUCCGUCGCAGGGGAGUCAGCUUUUUCCGAGAUAUCUCGGGUUUAUUUCAGUGACAGUAACGCUGAGAACGAGAGGUUGGUGAUGGAGUUGUUGCCGGUUGUUUUGCCGGAGUUGAAAGAUGGAAUAGAAGGGAGCUCAAUGGGUAAGGACAAUGAUGAAGAGGAUGUUUCAGCUGCUAUGACGAGAAAGCCAGUUGGUUAUGCCAUCUUAGCAGCUCACCAGCUCAGGUGGUUUGUGACUCAGGUGGAUAAGCCGAAUCUGGCGAAAGUUUGCAACUUGGUGGUUCCAUGUGCUUUGACAGCACUUGAUCAUUGGUCUCCUGAUGUCAAAAGACAGGGUAUGAUAAGCUUUGUGCACAUUGCAAAGAAUGUGAGUUCAGGUGAUCUCGGUUCGUAUGGAGAUGUGGUUCUUGAUGCGUGUUGCCAGAACAUAGCUUCUGAUGACGAGAUUUGGAUACAUGUAGUGGAGUUAUCUGUGCUUCUUGUGACUAAACUGCAUCCUAAUAAUCCUCGUAGCUCUUGGUACGAGAGGAUCAUGAAUGAGAUGCUUGGUCAUCUAGAACGCCAACCAAGAAACAAAGAGAAACGUAUGGCUUGGCUUACAUUCGUUGAGCCGCUCUUGAACGCUCUGGGGCUUUUCUUGCUUGCUCAUUUUCGACGUAUCUUCCCUCUUUUCUUCCAGUGGAUGCAUUCAGAUGAUGCCCAAACCGUUUUGUUGGUUCUUGAGAGACUGGAGACGGUUGUGAGGUUGACAUGGAUUAGAAACUCGCCUGUGUUCCCAAGAUUGGUGGAGGAGCUUGUCUCCUUGUACAAAGAGUCAUCUAUGCGUAAGGAGCGUGAUGAGAUUAGACCUCUUAUCCUACGUAUCUUGAAGCUACUCCGCGAGUGCAAAAGGUUACAGUUUGAGUCAGCGUGGAGGCAGUAUCAGGAUGAUCCAAAUCUGAGCACGGUUGUGGAAUAUAUAUGUAGACCAGCUCUGUCUGAACAGAGAGAGCCUCUCGUCGGCUCAGAGGGCUUGUAAUAGAGUUUCUUCACUCUUUUUAAUUAGGGAAAUAACAAAACAUAUCUUCUGAAAGACUAGUUUUCUCUCUUCUUAUUUCAAUCUCUCAAAAGUCUU